AUGAGAUUCUCAUUGACACACGUCUGCUGGGCCUCGCUCGCGUGGCCCGGCGUGGCGGACGGCGCGCAAGUCGCCCGCACCCUCGUGAACAGGGAGCUGUUGAUGAACGUCAACACGAUCCAACAACGGCAGGGCCGGGACGCCGGCACGGCCCAAAACGGGCUCCCCGUCUCCUCCAUGGAGUACUAUGCCGACUGCGACGGCGACGGCGAUCCUUACUGGCUAGUCCUCGACAUCGGCACCCCCGCAAAAAACAUUGCGCGCGGCUCUCCGUACUCUUUUACGAUUCGAGCCGGCGACCACCCGGCACAGGAGCACGUGGACACCCGCUACCCCGGGGGCGUGGCGUCUUCGCCCGCAGGGUCGCCGCGGCUCACUCUCCAGGGCGAGCUCGUGGCGGUCGGCGCCAGUCCCGAGGCCCUAGCCAAGUUGGAGAGGUGUUUUCUAGAAAGACACCCGGACGCGGAGCGGUGGCUCCCGCUGAACAAGCGCUCGCCGCACCAAGCGCACUGGGCCAAGGUCGUGGUGAGCGACGUCUUUAUGGUCGGUGGGUUUGGCGACCGCGCAUACAUAGGGCCGGUGGCGGGGGAGCAGUACCACGCCGCCUGGAUUCAUAUCGAGAAAACCUAA